GCGCAACGUCGAAGAACAUCAUGAGCCUGCUGUGCCUCGUCUUUGCGCUGAGCCUGCUCGGGGUCCGCGGCUUGGGGGACCCCGGCCCGUUGGAGGACGUUGUCAUCGACAGAUACUACAUCCCCAAAGUGUGCCUGCGAGAAGUCCAGAUGGGCGACUUCGUCCGGUACCAUUACAAUGGCACUUUUCAGGACGGCACCAAGUUCGACUCCAGCUACGAUCGAGGUGCCACAGUGGCCGGCGUGGCUGGCGUGGGGCGGCUCAUCACCGGCAUGGACAGAGGCCUGCAGGGGAUGUGUGUGAACGAGAGAAGGCACCUCAUUGUGCCACCUCAUCUUGGCUAUGGCAGCAUCGGCGUGGCUGGCCUGAUUCCCCCGGACACCACCCUCUACUUCGAUGUCAUCCUGCUUGACAUUUGGAACAAAGAAGACAAGCUGCAGAUCACCACUGUCUCCAAGCCACAACACUGCAACCGCACAGUGGAGAACUCAGACUUUGUGCGCUACCACUACAACGGCACACUUCUCGACGGCACCCCCUUCGACUCCAGCUAUGGAAAAGACAGCACUUAUGACACCUACGUGGGUUCAGGUUGGCUGAUCAAAGGGAUGGACGAGGGCCUGCUAGGCAUGUGUGCUGGAGAGAAACGGCGAAUAGUGAUCCCCCCGUUCCUGGCCUACGGAGAGAAAGGCUACGGCACUGUCAUCCCCCCUCAAGCCUCCCUGGUUUUUGAUGUUCUCCUGGUGGACCUACACAACCCCAAAGAUGGCAUCUCCCUGGAGCACUUGGAAGUGCCAGCGUCUUGCAAGCGCAAGGCCGUGACCGGAGAUUUUGUGCGGUACCAUUAUAAUGGCACCUUGAUGGAUGGGACCCUCUUUGAUUCCAGUUAUUCUCGAAACCACACCUACGACACUUAUAUUGGGAAAGGCUACAUUAUUCCAGGAAUGGACCAAGGGCUUCAAGGAGUCUGCAUUGGUGAAAGGAGAAGAGUCAUUAUCCCACCCCACUUGGCCUAUGGAGAAACUGGGGCAGGGAACAAGAUCCCUGGCUCGGCUGUGCUCAUCUUCGACGUCCAUGUCAUCGAUUUCCACAAUCCCACAGACCCUGUGGAAAUACAGACUAUCCACCGGCCUGCGGACUGCAACAUCACCACCCAAGACAGGGACUUUGUCCGCUACCAUUACAACUGCUCCCUCCUGGAUGGCACCAAACUCUUCUCCUCCCACGACUAUGAAAACCCUCAAGAAGCCACUCUGGGGACCAACAAGAUAAUUGAAGGGCUGAACAACGGCCUGCUCAACAUGUGCGUGGGGGAGAAACGUUCCGUCAUUGUUCCUCCGCAUUUGGGUCAUGGCGAAAGUGGAGCCCGGGGUGUACCUGGCAGUGCCGUUCUCUACUUUGAGUUAGAGCUUCUACACCGGGAGCCAGGAGUUCCAGAAGGAUACCUGUUUGUCUGGCACAGCGACCUGCCAGAAAACCUGUUUGAAGCCAUGGAUCUCAACAAGGAUGGUGAAGUCCCACCUGAGGAGUUCUCAGAGUUCAUCAAAGCUCAGAUCGCUGAAGGCAAAGGUCGUCUCAUGCCAGGCCCUGACCCGGAAAAAGUGGUCAAUGACAUGUUCCAAAACCAAGACCGGAAUAAGGAUGGGAAGAUCACAGCAGAGGAACUGAAGCUGAAAUCAGACGAGGAUCAAGUUAAACACGAGGAACUUUAAAAGACUCAGGGAUUGGGCUUCGUUGUUGUUUUU